UAUCGUGUCGACUCUGAGAAGCAGUCCAACACUUGCAAUAGAAAGAGACUAGAAGAAAUGCGAAUCCAACUGGUCAAAGAACGGGAUGAUUUGCUUGUUCAAAGCCAACAACGACAGGCCAAGGAGGAGGAUUGGGAUAAACGCACAGAGACGCUGGCCAAG